AAUUAAAUGCCAAAUGGAAGGUGUGAACCUACGCGGAAUAAAGUUCCUCAUAAUCAUGCGCAUGAAGAGGAGGAGUACAAAAAAUUGUGUGCUUAAAUAUGAUAAGAGUAAUAGUGCUAAUAUUGCAGGAACACUUGGUGGCGAAUUAAGCGCAAUCAGCACUGUAAGAACAGCUUUUAGAAAUGUAAGCAAAAUGUAAGUAUAAAUACAUUUUAAAAUUUUCCAGUUUUUCUUUUAAAUAAAUUAUAUAUUUCGACUUAGAUUGCAAAACGAGGCUAAAGGUAUUGAAUUUUCAAAAAUUAGAAGAGGGCUACAAAAUAUAGUUUCAAAAAAUUAUGUGCCCUCUCCACGAAAUGCUUUAGAAGUUGUUGAGGCAUUUUAUUUGCAAAAAGUGUGGGAAAAUUUUGGGCUGUCUCAGGACAUAGACGACCCCAAACCCUUUUUACAGCCUGUAUCGAUGAAGGAGACUUUUCCUUCUGCAUUUUCUAUCCCAAAAAAGUAUUAAUCUUAUUAAAGAAAAUACAGUAAAUGCAAGACGUACAUAUCUUAUGGAUGCCACUUUCAAAAUUGUUCCACGUGGAUGCUUUAAUCAGCUUUUAAUUAUAUAUAUUAAGUAUUUUGAUGAAGUAUUUCCUAUAUUUUUCAUCUUAAUGGAUAAAAAAACAAAGAAGGCUUACGAAGGUGUGUUUCAAUACAUUAAACACAAUAUCUUUGAUAUGGAUCCCGCAGUUUUCAUUACGGAUUAUGAACAUGCACUGAGAAAUUCUCUUAGAACUGUGUUCCCAAAUGCAAGAAAUGUUGGUUGUUGGUUUCACUACUGCCAAGCAAUUCGCAGAAAUAUUACUAGCCGAAAGCCUUUAUUGCAGUAUAUUAUAAGUUCAAAUGUGGCAAGUACAGCGCACAAUGGGCAGAAUGGAAAUUUUUUGGAAAUAAAUCUGGCAUUUCUAAACGGCUGACCCGAUCGGGAUAAAAUUUGGCGUGAGCGUAGCCAAGGAGUAUUCGAGUUUAAGUUUUGAA